CCCUCUGGUCUGCUGCCUGCGCUCUGCAUUCGCUCUCUGCUCCCGCUGCGUUCAGGGUCUGCUCGUCUUUUUGGAAUAAUGGCAACAACCGUGACACUAAACACCGGUGCACAAAUGCCCAUUGUGGGACUGGGCACAUGGAAGUCUCCCCCUGGCAAGGUCACGGAGGCGGUGAAAGCAGCCAUCUCAGCAGGCUACCGGCACAUCGAUGGAGCGUAUGUCUACGAGAACGAGGCAGAGGUGGGAGAUGGUGUCCAUGCCAUGAUCAAGGAUGGCGUGGUGAAGCGAGAGGAUCUCUUCAUUGUUAGCAAGUUGUGGUCCAAUUUUCAUGAGAAGUCUCUGGUGAGGCAAGGAUUUCAGAAGACCCUCAGUGAUCUUAAACUGGACUACCUAGACCUCUAUCUAGUGCACUGGCCCAUGGGUUUCAAGGCUGGCAUUGGGCUUUUUCCUUUGGACAGCAAUGGAGAGACGAUCAGUGAUGAUACUUACUUCCUGGAGACAUGGGAGGAAAUGGAAGAGCUGAUGGAUGCUGGUUUGGUCAAAGCUAUCGGUGUCUCCAACUUCAACAAGGACCAGAUUGAAGCCAUUCUCAACAAGCCAGGCCUCAAAUACAAGCCUGCCGUCAACCAGGUGGAGUGCCACCCGUACCUGACCCAGGACAAGCUGAUCCCCCUGUGCCACUCUCACGGCAUCGCAGUGACGGCCUACAGCCCCCUGGGCUCCCCGGACAGACCCUGGGCUAAACCUGAAGACCCCUCACUGCUGGAAGAUUCCAACAUUAAAGUCAUUGCUGAGAAGCACAAGAAGACACCUGCUCAGGUCCUGAUCCGCUUCCAAAUCCAGAGGAACGUGAUUGUGAUCCCCAAGUCGAUCACCCCUCAGCGCAUUCAGGAGAAUUUCCAGGUGUUUGACUUUGAACUAUCUGAGGAGGAAAUGAAGACUAUCGUCGGAUUUAACAGGAACUGGAGAGUCUGUAGCAUGCAAUUGAGCAUGAAGCACAAGGACUAUCCAUUCGCUGCUGAUUUCUGAAAUGGACUUUGGUACACUUUUGCUUUUUGCAAAAUAAAUGAGGCCUUGCAUUAGAUUUCUAUUUUCACGUACAUUUUUCAGGAGAAAUAUUGGCUUCAAUAGUGAUCUAUUUUGUCUCCACGAAAGUAGACGUAUGAGGUAAGAAAAGUUGUAAAUCUGUAUUAUCGGUGAUUUUUUCAUAGCACAAAUGUGAUCAUGUUAGCACUUAACUAACCUAAUUUGUCCUUAAUGUCAGCAGCACUUGUGUAUUUGCCUGGAAUCUGAAUACCAAUAAAAAACACUCACUAAUCUAUCA